CCCUCUGCCUUCUCCUCAGGGCUCUCCCUCUCUCAGUGCGCUCAUCCCACCAACAGGGGGGAUUAUUUUAUUUUUUUUAACCUGCAUUUGAAUGUGCCCACUUCUGUCUUCCCCCUUGCUGUGUAAUACCUGGAGAAAGUUGGAGGUAGCUCAUUUAGAGCAACGUUGGACCGAUCGGGAGCUCCAUCACUGAGCUGAAGAGGGAGAAGACAGGAGCAUUCGAGAGAAGAGGGGGAAGAAAGAACCAUGGGUGCGCAAAAGGAAGAUGUGGAAAAGUUCCUCAAAGGGAAUCCUGCAUUUGCUUCUCAGUACUUUUCCAAGAAGAUCAGCCAGUUCCAGGAGCUCAGUCAGGUUGAGGAAAGCCUGAUCAUGUAUGACCUGAUCAAAGACAUGCAGGAGAACAUCAACGUGGAAAAAGUGGUCUUCAAGAUCCUGAAGAGGAUCACCGCUCUCAUCCACGCUGACCGCUGCAGCUUGUUCAUGUACCGGCAGCGGAACGGCAUCGGAGAGCUUGCCACAAGGCUUUUCAAUGUCAGCACGGACUCGGAGUUGGACGACUGUGUGGUGCAACCAGACUCUGAGAUCGUCUAUCCGCUGGACAUGGGAAUAGUCGGCCACGUGGCCCUGACCAAGAAGACUGUUAAUGUGAAAGAUGUCACAGAGAACCAGUACUUCAGCUCAUUUGUCGAUGAACUCACAGAUUACCAGACCAAGAACAUUCUGGCUACGCCCAUCCUCAACGGUAAAGACAUGGUGGCAGUGAUCAUGGCUCUAAACAAGACCACGGGACCACAUUUCACUGCUGAGGACGAAGACCUUUUUUUAAAGUAUCUGAAAGUUGCCUCAUUGAACUUGAAGAUCUACCAUCUGAGUUACCUGCACAGCUGUGAGACACGUAAAGGAAUGCUGCUGCUAUGGUCUGCCAACAAGGUAUUUGAGGAGCUGACAGAUAUUGAGCGACAGUUUCACAAAGCCUUGUACACAGUCCGAGCCUACCUCAACUGUGACCGCUACUCUGUCGGCUUACUGGACAUGACAAAGGAAAAGGAAUUCUUUGACAUCUGGCCUGUGUUGAUGGGAGAGCAGCCACCUUACUCUGGUCCUGUAACUCCUGAUGGCAGGGAGGUAAUUUUCUACAAAGUGAUUGAUUAUAUAUUACAUGGAAAAGAAGACAUCAAAGUCAUACCCAAUCCACCUGCAGAUCACUGGGCCUUGAGCAGCGGCCUGCCAACUUAUGUUGCUGAGAGUGGUUUUAUUUGUAACAUUAUGAACGCAGCUGCUGACGAGACGUUCCAGUUUCAGACUGAGCCACUUGACAGCAGUGGUUGGACCAUAAAAAAUGUUCUGUCGCUGCCAAUUGUCAACAAAAAAGAAGAGAUAGUAGGAGUGGCCACUUUUUACAACAGAAAAGAUGGAAAGCCUUUUGAUGAUCAGGAUGAGCAGCUCAUGGAGGCUUUGACCCAGUUCCUGGGCUGGUCAGUUUUGAACACCGACACUUACGACAAAAUGAACAAGCUCGAGAAUCGGAAAGACAUUGCUCAGGACAUGGUGCUCUACCAUGUCAAAUGUCGGGAUGAUGAGAUUCAGAACAUCCUGAACACCAGAGAGGUCCACGGCUGUGAACCCAGAGAUUGUGAAGAGGAUGAGCUCCUAGCUAUGCUGAAAAAAGAUCUCCCUCCAUUGAUUAAGAAGUUUGAGAUCUACGAGUUCCGCUUUUCAGAUUUUAACUGCACAGAGAUGGAUCUGGUGAAGUGCGGGAUCCAGAUGUACUAUGAGGUCGGGGUGGUCAAGAAGUUCCAGGUCCCUCAAGAGGUGCUGGUUCGGUUCAUGUACUCAGUCAGUAAAGGCUACCGACGAAUCACCUACCACAACUGGCGCCAUGGCUUCAACGUGGGACAGACCAUGUUCACACUAUUAACGACGGGGAUGCUGAAACGGUAUUACACUGACUUGGAGGUAAUGGCCAUGAUAACUGCGGGCUUCCUGCAUGAUAUUGAUCACAGAGGGACAAACAACUUGUACCAAGUCAAAUCUGGUAACCCUCUGGCCAAGCUACAUGGUUCCUCCAUCCUGGAACGACACCAUCUAGAGUUUGGAAAGUUCCUCUUGGCUGAUGAGUCACUGAAUAUCUACCAGAACCUUCACAGGCGACAGGUGGACCAUGUCAUUCAUCUCAUGGACAUUGCCAUCAUCGCCACUGACCUGGCUCUUUAUUUCAAGAAAAGAACCAUGUUCCAGAAGAUCGUGGACCUUUCACACACAUACGAGGAUGAAAAGAAGUGGGUCGACUUCAUGUCUCUAGAAACAACCAGGAAGGAGAUCGUCAUGGCUAUGAUGAUGACCGCAUGUGACUUGUCUGCUAUCACCAAGCCUUGGGAGGUGCAGAGCAAGGUUGCCUUGUCUGUAGCAGCAGAGUUUUGGGAGCAGGGUGACCUGGAGAGGACAGUACUGGAACAGCAACCCAUUCCCAUGAUGGACAGGAACAAGGCAGCUGAGCUUCCAAAGCUACAGUGUGGUUUCAUUGACUUUGUCUGCACGUUUGUCUACAAGGAGUUCUCUCGCUUCCACCCACAAAUCACUCCCAUGCUGGACGGCAUCCUCAAUAACAGGAAGGAGUGGAAUGCUAAAAAAGAAGAGUAUGAAGCUAAACUCAAAGUUAUUGAGGAAGAGAAGGCUGCCAAAGAGGCAGCUGCCGGCAGUAAAGCUGCUGCAAACAACCCCAGCGCCGGGGGUUCUGGCUCCAAGACCUGCUCUGUGUGCUAGAAGGUCAUGAAGCUGUGCACUUGAUGGAGGUGCACAGCUGGACAGCUCACGACAGACUGACUUCAGAAUUACCUUCAGAAUCACAACCAGUCAGCCACUCAGUCUGACCGCCAAGGGAUAAAAAAAUGAAUUAGUAAGGAAGACGGAUACAUGAGUGAAUACAAAGCCCCAAUAGUAUUUCCUCAGAGAAACUGGUUCCAAACAGAAAAAAAAAGCGAACAAGGAGAGAAUCCUCACCGAGGGAGGAGGGUUUUUUUUUUUUUUUAUCUUGAAGGGACACUAACCAGGUGAGCCAAAAUAUGAAUUCAGAACAAGGCAGGACAUCUGGGAAAAACACUCACUGAAGAACAACAGAAGCUGCCAGUCUUGACUACUGCUUCUACUUCAGGGUACAUUUAAACAAAGUUGCCUGUCUUAAAAUUAUUUGUUUUAAAAUUUGAAUCAGGAGAUCAGUGAUUUUUUGAAUCUCAGGUUUUCACUCAUCCUCACACAGUACCUGUUUCCUGACAUUUCGAGGAUUAAGUAUGGAUUAUGUAUUAUGUUAAGAGUGAACGUUCUAUACAAGUAAUUCUUUACUGCAAAGUCCAUGUCACUGUAGACUGUAUAUCAUGUUUGGAGCGCUGUUUUCAAACAUACUGUAUAUUGUACAUUAAUGUAAUAUUCAUUUUAGGGUUUCAGAAUGUAAAUUCAGAUAAUGGGUUGAUUGAACUAUUACUGAAUUACUGUACAUAUAUUCCAAUAUUCCAAAAUGAUACUUUCAUGUUCACUCCUUCCAGUCACUUGACAUUUACAAAUGAGAGUCUGUUUACCUUGACUGCGGAGAGCCAAAGGUAGAUGCCGAGCUCAGGGCUGCUCCAGGAAAAGCUGCAUAUUUGUGAAGAGUAUGGUUAGUACAUAGGAAUAUUAAGGCAAUGGCAUAGACAUUUAACUUUACUGUCUGCAGACAAGCCUGUAGUUGCUUACUCAUGAUGCCUUCUUACUGUACAUACAUCUGAGAGAGUAGCUGAGAUUGUUAUUGUAUUUUAUGAAUAUAAAGUUACAGAUGUCUUAAAUAAAAUAGAGCACAUUGAAAGCCAGUUACAGCUCUGGAAAUUAGUUGGUUCCAGAUAAGAUUUAUUUUAUUAUGAACUGAAUAAUUGGAUUUCAAUUCAUUUGAAGCAUAAAACAAUAGCAGGAGCAAUUAUCUUUCUCCAGCUGCUACAAGUUAUCACCCGAUGGGAAAUUCAUCGCCUGAAUUCAUCGACCUUUCCUUAAUAGGAGCAGGGUUGAGCCGCAACGCACCUCCCGAGGACUAACUCCAGCUCUGAGGCCAGUGUCUUCAUAAUAUUCAUAUGUAUUUUCAUGUCAGAGGAAACAAAACACAAAUAUGGAGAAAAUGCAAACAUCACACAAAAAAAGCAUCAAGUCAGACCUGAACUUAGGUCUGUUGUGAGGCAUUGGUGCUAGCCACUCUCCCAUCAUGUAUCUGUGGUAACCAUCCCUGCGGACGGGCAACGAAGGCUCCAGGGGAACAGAGCUGUUUGAGACAGAGCGAGGGAGCAACUUAACUUCUUGUAAAAACUUGUAUAUAUUCCAUCCCUCCCUGUAAAUAUAAAAAAAAUAUUUUUCUAGUUGAAAUAUAGAUGCUUAUUUUUUAAUUAGGACAUUAGUGUUACAUGCAGGCACUGGCAACCGAGCCAUCAAGUAAUUUUGUUUUCCCCCUUAUAUAUUGAAUUAUGGUUUUAUCGUGCUUGCCUCUUUUUACUGAUAUACAAGUAUUCCACAAGUAAGCACGGCUGUAUCGGUCAUGACCAACUUGUAUUAGGCAAUACAUGUACCUAAAUAUGCUGCAGACAUACCCAGAACAUUUUUAAAUAGACUUUAUUUACCUUAUGGUCAGUAUAUUAAAGCUUGCCUCUUCAUGUGCUCCAUGUGUACAAUGAUGACCCAAAUAAAGCAAAUGUAUUUUUA